CAAGAUGGCGCUGCUGCGGCAGGCGUACAGCGCGCUCUUCCGCCGCACCUCCACCUUCGCCCUCACCAUCGUUCUGGGCGCCGUCCUCUUCGAGCGCGCCUUCGACCAGGGCGCCGACGCCAUCUUCGAGCACCUCAACGAGGGGAAACUGUGGAAACACAUCAAGCACAAGUAUGAGAAAAGUGAAGACUGAAAUGCUCAGCAGCAGGAUCCAGCCUGGGGUGGCAAAAGACGCUGCAGAGGAGGAUUCGGUCUCCUGAAACUGGUUGUAUCAAAAUGGAAAUGGAUUCCUGAUUGAACAACUCCGAGCCAGAUUAUAUCAGCCACCUACUGAUAUGAUGUAAACCAAGAUGGACUCAAGGAGUUCUGCUGCUGUACUCAAACUUACUGUGUUAAAAUAAAAAAUUCUUGGUCCAUGUCUCA